GGAGCCCAUUUCUGCCUUGCACAGGAGAUCGGACUGAAAAACCCAAAGGCAGCUCUGAUUUCUUUUCGCCAAGUGGGAAGGUGGUUUAUUUUUCUUGCUUUUUUGGAGUCAACACCCUUCCCCACCAGCCCUUAUCCCCACCCUCACCCCGCAACCCCUUCACGCCCCCUCCCCCUCCCCAUCCUCCCACCAUCCUCUAAAGAGGCAAAGAGAUUUUUUUUUUCCCUUUUGGUCUUCUUCUUCUUCUUCUUCUUCUUUUUUUUUUUAAACCCUGGUCCCUGUUUAUCCUGAAAAGGAUUUGAAGACAGCUUGAAGGAUAAAAAGCCUCGGUGCUUCCCAGGCGCCGAGCCGAGGAGCCGAAGAGGAAGAGCCGGGGCUGCCGGAGCCUUCAGAGAUGGACGAGCAGCCGAGGCUGAUGCAUUCCCACGCUGGGGUCGGGAUGGCCGGACACCCCGGCCUGUCCCAGCACUUGCAGGAUGGGGCCGGAGGGACCGAGGGGGAGGGCGGGAGGAAGCAGGACAUCGGGGACAUUUUACAGCAAAUUAUGACCAUCACAGACCAGAGUUUGGAUGAAGCGCAGGCCAGAAAACAUGCUUUAAACUGCCACAGAAUGAAGCCUGCCUUGUUUAAUGUGUUGUGUGAAAUCAAAGAAAAAACAGUUUUGAGUAUUCGGGGAGCCCAAGAAGAGGAGCCCACAGACCCCCAGCUCAUGCGACUGGACAACAUGCUGCUAGCAGAAGGGGUGGCGGGGCCUGAGAAGGGCGGAGGCUCGGCAGCGGCAGCGGCAGCAGCGGCAGCUUCUGGGGGUGCAGGUUCAGACAACUCAGUGGAGCAUUCCGAUUACAGAGCCAAACUCUCACAGAUCAGACAAAUCUACCACACAGAGCUGGAGAAGUAUGAACAGGCAUGCAAUGAAUUCACCACCCACGUGAUGAACCUCCUUCGGGAGCAAAGCCGGACCAGACCCAUCUCUCCGAAGGAGAUCGAGCGGAUGGUCAGCAUUAUUCACCGCAAGUUCAGCUCCAUCCAGAUGCAGCUGAAGCAAAGCACGUGCGAGGCAGUCAUGAUCCUGCGCUCCCGGUUUCUGGAUGCGAGGCGGAAGAGACGGAAUUUCAACAAGCAAGCCACAGAAAUUCUGAAUGAAUAUUUCUAUUCCCAUCUCAGCAACCCUUACCCCAGUGAGGAAGCCAAAGAGGAGUUAGCCAAGAAGUGCGGCAUCACAGUCUCCCAGGUAUCAAACUGGUUUGGAAAUAAGCGAAUCCGGUACAAGAAGAACAUAGGUAAAUUUCAAGAGGAAGCCAAUAUUUAUGCUGCCAAAACGGCUGUCACUGCCACCAAUGUGUCAGCCCAUGGAAGCCAAGCUAACUCGCCCUCCACUCCCAACUCAGCGGGUUCUUCCAGUUCUUUUAACAUGUCAAACUCUGGAGAUUUGUUCAUGAGCGUGCAGUCACUCAAUGGGGAUUCUUACCAAGGGGCCCAGGUUGGAGCCAACGUGCAAUCACAGGUGGAUACCCUUCGCCAUGUUAUCAGCCAGACAGGAGGAUACAGUGACGGACUCGCAGCCAGUCAGAUGUACAGUCCGCAGGGCAUCAGUGCUAAUGGAGGUUGGCAGGAUGCUACUACCCCUUCAUCAGUGACCUCCCCUACAGAAGGCCCUGGCAGUGUUCACUCUGAUACCUCCAACUGAUCUCCCAGCAAUCGCAUCCCGGCUGACCCUGUGCCGCAGUUGGGGCAGGGGCAGGAGGGAGGGUUUCUCUCCCAACGCUGAAGCGGUCAGACUGGAGGUCGAAGCAAUCAGCAAACACAAUAAGAGUCUCCUUCUCUUCUCUUCUUUGGGAUGCUAUUUCAGCCAAUCUGGACACUUCUUUAUACUCUCUUCCCUUUUUUUCUGGGUAGAAGCCACCCUUCCCUGCCUCCAGCUAUCAGACUGGUUCUGUCAUCUUCCCUGGCCCCCGCUCUCUGUUAUAGACUCCCUGGUUCCUGCCUUCUAUUAUUUCACUGAAGGAUUUUUUCCCCCCACAAUUAGAGAAAUUUAAAAAGGAAAGACAAAUUACAAAGAAACAAUAAACGCGUUUGUAUGUUUUCAUGCUGGUGGUUUGAGGAGCCAAAUUUACCUCACGAGGAGCCCUCAUCCCUACAUUGACAGGCAAUCCUUCUGUUUCCCUUGUUACUCUUACUACCUCUUAGCAGGAAUACACCACACUGCCCUACUCAUUCCAGGCCACCCUAUCUCCAUUUCCCCCUUCUUUCUGGGAACAAUCCUGAUUUCUUCCUCUCCUUUCUGGCCCCAGGUGUUUGCUAGGGACUGCCAUACCUGGGCUUCUAAAGGUGCCACAUGUCCCAGUGUAGCUCCAUCAGGUUGAGUCCUAGGCAGGAAGUCUAGCAGCGGAGGACACAAGGAAUGGCAAAGGCAGGACUCCUACCAGCUUUCUCAUCCUCUUAGAAACAGUUCUUGGUCUCAGAGGCACAGUCUAUGGUGACCAUUCGACCAUUCAAUUUGCAGAACCUCAGGCAAGCCAGGUCUAAGAGAGGCGUCCUGAUGAGGCUGUUUAUAAAGAGUGAAGGAUCUCAUCCUGAAAGGCUUCACUGUCCCUUCAUAGACAUGUGCACACAUACACAACAUACAGGUGGACACAUGCACAACCUCACAGCUUUGCUUCGCAGGAUGCUACUAACCUUUCAUCAGUGACCUCCCCUGUAGAAGGCCCUGGCAGUGUUUACUGAUACCUCCCAAAUGGUCUCCCAACAAUCAAGUCCUAUACAGACUUACACUAGUGAUCAUAGUACUCUAUCUGGUGAGCCCGAGAGAGAAGCGGUAUGUGGCUGGGGCUUUUAGGACCCACUAACAUGUACUUACUACAGUCAGAUGUACAGGACUUGGUUAACAUGCAGGUCAGGAUUCAAGUGUAAACCGUCUUCAUUCCUACCACCUCUGCAGCUCUCAGGGAGCCACACACAGGACUUCCAAUGUCUAUGACAGAUUUGAACGCUUUGUUUGUGUUUUUAUUAUGUUAUCUUUCCAAAAUAUUAUAGUCAACCAUGGUCUUGAUUCUGGCUUUCCCUCCAGAGAAGAGAACGGUAUAGGUAUACGGUUAACUUUUACUAAUUACUUGGAAGACAUUGAAUCAUAGAGUAAGGGUGAUGAAUUUUUUUUUUUUUUGUUGUCGUUGAAAUAAUCACGGUGAUCUAUCUAUAUGCCAAGGGAUUGACAGAAAAUAUAAGUUGCUAGAAAGGUAGUCUUGCUUUUGAUAUGAACUUAAAUUCUCCAGAUGAGUCUGCCAGCCAUAAAGAUGGCAGCUUUACCAGUAGGUUAAGUGACAAGUGGCCAGAUAUCUUUGGAGCCUCAUGCACUUCCUCUGUAAAAUGGGAAUUGGUAUACUUGGCUCACCAAGGGGCUUGUAAGACACCCCCCCCAAAAAAGCUGGUUUUGUUUAUAUUUAAUCUCCAGGUCUGAUGGUCAGGAAAAGCAAUGUCUCUAUGCCAAACAUUUCAUGCUAAGUCAGAACGAUACAUGGUUUUCUUCUUCUAAUCUCUGCUUGUUAUCCAGACCUUGGUGCCAUCGUAGUAAUGACAGAGUGCUGUGUCAGAGGCUUUCUGCUCUGAUUUGGUUUUGCUCCAUUUGUCUUCUUAGGAUAGAGAGGAGAUUCAAAGCUAGAGGAGUAGAACCUGGUUUUAUUAGUUUCAACUUGAAUCCAGUUAUGAGGCUCUGCAAGUCCUUGUCCCUAUCACAACUCUUCUGCUUCAGGGACUCCCAGGAAGAAGUACAAGAGCUUGAGGGCUGAGAGACAAGCCCACAGCACCACACACAUUCCACAAUACUACAGUGAUAAAUGGGAAACACGCUUCAUGUGUGUUCGGAGGAGUCAGGCUUGUAUACUGGAAACCUGAGGGGACCGAGUAUUUGAAGAUAAUGCAGAACAGAAUUAUUUGGCAAAUGAAAAUUUGUCUAGCUGACCCGUUACUAGAAAGACUGUCAUCAAACCUGAGCCAUGCAUAGAUCUUUGUCCUUGUGGCAAGAAUAUAUUGAAACCAUUAACAGAAGCAUGGCUGGAUCACAUCAUGUAACAUGGAGCAAAUUGUAAGAAUUGCUGAAGGGCUCUCUUGAAAACAAGAAUGACCCCAGCUGUGGAUUGAACACAUGAAGGGACAUGAGUGGAUCGUGCUGCAAUAGUACCAUCCUCAAAGCUUGCUUCUCUCCAGGCAGUAGCUGCACAGAGAGACCCACCCAGCACUUGAUUAGGCCGCCUUUAGCUCCAACACAUAGCCAGUGGUCUGACAUCCAUGCUCACUGCUGCCUCCAACAUGGCAGCCACCAGAUCUCUGUUGUCAAGCAAGGCUAGGGAAAACUGGCAGUCCCCAGAUAGAAUUGGAAUGAGUGUGGCCUUUAGAAACUCAGCUCCCCAGGAUUUCAGAUCAGGUCAAUGCUAUAGACUCCCCAUUUAAAAAACAAACUGUGUCCCAGAAUUUCUUCGUAUUCUCUAAGUACGAGUGUGAGUGCUCUGUUUCCAACAGCAGCAAUUCCCUCCUGAGAAAUGGCGUUGCCGUGUAUACCUUGGUUUACCAUCACCUCUUCCUGCUGGAGUAGAAUGGACUUCUGGGUAGCUGUUAAGCCCACAGACACCUUCUCUCCAUUUCCUCCCCUGUGGUAGUAGUACUUAAUUAUUAAUAUUAUUAUUUUUAUUUCGGUUGCUUUUUCCUCACACUUAUCUUCGCUUCUUUCUUCCUCCUCUUUAUUUUUUUCUGCCCAGAAAAACCUGACUUCGAUACCAAAAAAAGAUAAAACUACAGAAACUCAAAUUAAAAAAAAAAAAUCUUAGGAAAAAAAGAAUGCAAAAAAAAAAAAAAAAACUCAACAAUUCUUUCAGCUUUAUUAACAUUUUUCCAUUGUUUCUUGCGACUUGUGUCUCGUUCUUUGUAGUAUUGAUGAUGAACAUUUGAUAAUGAAUGUUCUUGUAUAUUCAGAUAAAGAAAAAAAACCAAAAAAGCGGUCUGAAUUUAAUAGUGUUUAUAAUAAAAAAAAGUUUUAAAAAUGACCCUCAUAGCACGCAAAACAGGAAGGGGAAGCGUCCCUUCUCUCUGUAACAAUACACAUCAUUCCUGCAAAUGUUUUUUAACACCGAACUACCUAUGUUCCUCAUUUCUCCCGUUUUUCUUUUUUAUUUUCUCGCAUUUGUGAAUUAGUUCAAGAAUGCUAGAAAAGUGUCAAGGUGUGUACAUCCAUUUCUUCUUUCAUGAUGUUUAAAAGUGACCGUAAUUCAUUUUGUAAACUAAAAAAGGAAAAAAAAAAGGAAAAAAAAAAGAAAAAAAGGAAAAAAAAAGGUUGGAAUAGUGAACAUAAUAGGUUCAACCUAACACAUUAUGUUUAUUAAUUUUGACCCAGAAAUGAAUUCUUCUCUUUAUUCCUGCUCUUAAAAAUACAGAAAAAGAAAGUUUUGUUUUGUCUUCUUUUUGGUUUUGUUUAUUUGAGGGGGGGGUGCUCCUUUUCCGCUGUUGGGUUUAUGGGUCUUACUAGGUUUGUUCCUUACAUAUGUGUACAGGGUGAUGUGAAAAGAGACAGCUAGGAGAGAAGGCUGCUUCUCCCCUCUGCUUUGCUGCAGUCAAUGUCAAAACCAACGAUAAAGCCCACGGCCACAUGCCCCUGCUCUCUUGCAUGCCAGGGUGUGUGGCACUCUGCAGUCCCCGAGAUAAUGAGGCAGGGACUUCCUUCCUUAAAUACUCACCGAGUCUGUCCAGGGGAUUUCUUACAUUGAAAACAAAAGCGCUUGUUGAUUCUGAAUGUCCCAAUCAAGGGCUUUCUUUCUCCCUGACUAACAUCAACAGUCCACAGGAAGCUCCCAACAAGGUGGGAUCUCUCUCCAGGUAGAACUCUACAGGCAGUACUGCCAUGGAAGCCGAUGUUACCCAGUACAGUAGAUCCGUGAAGCCCACCCUGGGCCCAUCUUCUUGGGAUCCAGAUUCCCACAUUCUGGACGCAGUGUGGAUGAAGUUAGGAGCCAGGGUCACGGCUGGGAUUUGAAUACUAAGAAGCUGUCUUUUAAUCUGGGUGCACUUGUCGCUCACCUCUGGUGAGGUUAACUCUAAAAUGCCAGGUGGGCUUCACCAGAACGUUUGUCACGGUCUUAGGGAAAAAGAAGGCCAUGUGGUUGGACAGACACUCAGUUUCAGACAUUGCUCAUGCAGACACUCAAGUGUUCAGAAAGCAGACAGAAUUCCCGCCAGAUGCAUGAAGAAGGGAAGCCACAGUCCCGGGUCUCUGCUGUAGGAAGCAUUCCACCUAGAGACAGUUUAGCUCUUGUUUCUAUGUCCUGGGAGAUGAAAGGCAGCCUUUUCACGUCACCUCUGUGCUCUCCAGCCUAGCUCAAAGCUUUCUGGAAACUUUUAUUUUAUUUUUUUUUGUAAACUUUUUCUUUCCCUUUCAUUAAAAUAAAAUAUCGAAUGUUUUCCCUCUUUCUUCUUCCCUCUGGGGGGUUUCAUUUUGAAGUGUGUUCCUUUGGUUGUUGGUUUUAUUCCCCCCCCCCCCGCAUUUUCUUUUCUUUUCUUUUUUCUUUAUUAUUGAGAGUAUAAACCUGCAAAGCUCGGUUCUACUUUGGUUUUGAAAGUUUAAGCUUUUUCUGCUUCUGUGCGAGCACAGGCCUCUGUCCCCUUUGAUUCCAGCUGAACUUUUUGUGUUCUCUAAUGAUACUAACACGAUGUAGGUUUUACAGUCUCCUAAUUUGUACUGGUAAUGCAGAUUCCAAAUAAAUAGUUUCUUUUGUUGCAAAAAAUAUA